UCCCCUUCUCCUCCUCCCCCCUCGCGCCUCUCCUCUCUGCGCGCAGUCAUGUCUCCCGCACGCACGUGCGCCGUGCUGGCGCUACUCGCUGCAGUGGCGUUCGCCCAGACUGAGCCCGAUGCAGCUGUGACCCAUGCAGCAGCAGCAGCAGCAGCAGAGACGCAAGGGGCAGCAGCUGUUACAGAGUCAAAUGAACCAAUAGCAGUCUCUGCAGCAACAGCAGUCGCUGCAGCAACAGCAGCUGCACCAUUGGCAGCUGCACCGACAGUAGCCGAACCGACAGCAGCUGCACCGACAGCGGCUGCACUCACUCCGCCGGCCGUGGUGACACCACCAGCGCUGGGAGCGACGCUGGCCAACGCGGAGGCGACGUCGCCAUCGCCGGCGACGCCGCCCGCGGCCGGCACCGCCGCGUCGCCCGCGGCGCCGUCGCCAGGCGCGCCGCUCGCGGCCUCCUCCCCGUCGGCCCGUCCGUCGACCGCGGCGGCCGCUGCCGCGACGUCGCCGCCGACGUCGACCGACCCGGCGUUCGCGUCGAGCGCGCCGGCGGCGACGCCGACGCCGACGGCGGCGUCCACGGCAUAUUCGUCGCUCUCCGCGGACGUCACGACGUCCGUCCACCUGGGGUCGCCGUCGCCGGAGACGGAGACGGACGCGACGACGCCGCAGGACACCGCCGACGGGACGGACGGGACCGACGGGCCCCCCGAGGCACCGUGGCCGGUGCUCGUGACGCAGGAGCCGCGCUCGGUGCGCGCGCGCGAGGGCGGCAACGCGAGCUUGUCGUGCGCGGCGCGGGGGCCGCUGGCGCUGCUGCGGGGGGCGCGCGUCUCCUGGCACCGGCGCUCGCCGCACGGGGAGCGCGUGGAGCACGAGGCCGGCCGCUCCGAGCUCGCGCAAGGGGACGACGCCGACGCCGACGGCGAAGAUGAGGACGAGGUGGAGCUGUGGGCGCAGUUGCUGCUGCUGCAGGUGCUGGAGUCUCGUGACGAGGGCGCCUUCUACUGCGUCGUCACGUCGUCCUCGGGGGACGCGACGUCUCACGGCGAGGGCAGCACCCUCCUCGUCAGCGCCCUCAACUCCGGCUGGCGGGGGCUGGGAGACGGAGUGCUGGGGGCCUUGGGGGCGGCCUGCGCCGGCCUCGGUGUGCUGAUGGGUUUGCUGGUCGCCCUCGUGCCCGGCGUGCGAGACAAACUCGCGUGUGGCAAGAGUUCGUCCAUCUCCCUCGAUCACGUUUGAGGAGCAUUCGGCUGUGUUUGGAGUGGAACCUAAGCAACCAACGUGAUCGCCCUCAUUUUCACACGUACACCAAACUUGACAACCCCACCGAUGUAAAUGGCAGGGCUGCUGGUUUUAAACCCUUUUACCGUGCAGAUUUUCUUAAAGCAAAAAUUGCAUUAAAAUUAUAUUUAUACGACAGAAUACUAUUUUAGUAUGAUCAGCAUUGAAAAUCGAUAUAUGGUAAAAAAAUUUAAAACUGGGCACAACCUACCACAUAAAUCUGUAUGUUUGGCAGUUUCCACACGUGCACUCAUACACACAAUUGCAUGCUUUGAUACUCCUGCAUGUACCAAGAGAGCAGCACAUCUUUCAUUCACCCAUUCACGCCGUAUUUAUAGGCAUAACCGUGCGUGUCCAGGCUUCGUGCUCAGCCAGGACACCUGAAGUAAUGAAGGUUCACUGACCUGAAGCUAUAGAACAAACAACGGUAGCCUGAGUGUGCCAUAAUGCACCAAGUGUGCCAUAAUCUGAGCAAACUCUGCCCCUCCGCACCACAGCCACGUGCUGUGGUGUCUCUGCCUCCGAGUAUUGCUGGAGGGGCCCACUGCCAACUGCUGCCCCGCAACAUUGUUUAUGAACCUCCUUCGGAAGGCCCUGCCUCGACAACGUCGGUACCAGCCAUCAGCAAGUAUCAAACGAUAAGGCUGUUGUGAAUGUAAACAAGUCCGAAUACCAAGUGAACCAGAAGUAGGCCUUUUACAGAGGACCAGGAGUCGGAUGGGUGAAAUUCCCAGGCGUUUGCGCCAGGAACAUGAGUUUAAGUAUGUUGAUUAGUAAGCACAUAACAAUUCACACCCGUUGCAGAUCAAUUAUAUUUUUUAUGAGUCAAGGUAACGAUGCAAGUUACAUUUGUACUAAUUUGUACUCUCUAUCUGGCACAUUUGUCUCGUUCGUUCCAUGUUAUCUGUUCGGGUAAUUGUAUCUCAUUUGCAUACAUCAAAAGAGUUAUAAGUAUCCAGUGCAUAUAUCGUGAAUGAUUGAAUCAGCUGUUGCCAAUGAAUCGUCACAUGCCUACUGAUCAGCCACCGAGUAUAAAUAGACCUGGCACUUUGUGCCGUUUGGAUGCACUACGGACAAAACGGUGUGAUAAUUUUGAGCUCUGAUGCUGCACAAACCUGAAACGACAUCCUACGUCUUCUAAUUGUACUACUCUGAAGUUAAGCAAAUCUGUUAACCUGACCCUGGAGGAUGUAAAAUUAAUUGUCAUUGUUGCCCUUUUUAAUGGAAAUUGGGAUGGUGAUGCAGGAAACUUUGUAAAUGCUAUUAGAAAGGACUGUAGCUUGCAGCCUUUUCUGCUGGUACGGGCAGCUGAAGCGAUGUGCAUCUCCUUAGCAUAACCCAGGGGGUGUUUACUAGCACACAAGCACACUUUCGCGUCGCAUUUUCUCAUUCACAUACACAUAUGCAACCUCCGAUUAGUACAGUAUGCUACGUACGGUGCGAAAGAAGUUCAACAUGCAUACAUAAUUGUGCAAUAAUCGCACGCCUAAUUACUGCAUUUCCCAACAACAUUUCUGCAUACCUGUCAUUUGUCACCAGGUAAGCUGACGUUUAAAUUUGAAUAAAAACACCUGGUGGAA